AUGGAUCCAGAAAUUGUCGAUUUAUUAACACCCUUCAAAGGUAUGGGAGAAGCCUGUGGUUAUGAUGCUUGUCCUAUAAUAAGAGAAGGAAAGAUAAAUGUCCAUAUAGUGCCUCACACACACGCGGAGUUGGGUUAUUCAAAGACUUUCUAUGACCAUUUCACUGGGCGUAAGUGCAAAAUCAACAUGAAAAGGAUUUUCGACGCAACAAUAUCUGAGUUGUGGGCAAAAGAAACGAGAAAAUUUACGUUAUCUGGUUCGGAGUUACCAUAUUUCUUCUACUGGUGGGCGAGGCGUGAUGGAACAGUGCGUCGAAUGGUGUACCAGUUACUUAGACAGGGGCGUUUAAUAUUAGUGGGGGGGAGCUGGGGUAUGCCCGAUGAAGGGUCUACGAGCUAUCAGUCUAUUAUAGAUAGCUAUACUUAUACUUUAAGAAAAAUAAACAGGACAUUUUUAAAUUGCGGUCGACCGUUGGUCGCCUGGCAGGCGGAUACAUUCGGCCAUUCCAGAGAAUACGCAUCGUUGGUUGCUCAGAUGGGGUUUGAUGGGAUGUUUAUCAACCCCAUCAGUUUUGAUGAUGAGCUGGUGCGGAUGGGGCAGGUCGCGUUGGAGUUCUUGUGGCGGGGGAGUGAUGACCUUGGUGAGAAGUUCUGUUACGUCAACGAGAAGUCAUAUCGCACAGGAGCUGACAUACAUCUGGAGUAUUCGUCGCCCAAUUGCUAUUUGAAGGCUGUGCAUAAUUCCAAGCCAGUGCUGAAGACGAAACAGGAUGAUUUCUUUCCAUUUACCUACGAUAAAUACUCCGUGAUGUCAGGGAUGUUUACUUCGAGACCCGACUUAAAAUUUUUCAUUAGGGAGGGGAAUAUUUAUUUACAGGCGGCAAAACAGUUGCAAGUAUUGGCUUCAUUGGAAAAUCAGGAUAAACUUCUAGAAGACUUCAUGUGGAUAAUGGGUGUAAUGCAAGACCAUAAUAUAAUAUCAGGUGCUUUGCGAGAAUAUGGAAAGGGUUAUUAUAUGAAGAAAUUAGACGAUAUGAUACAACGCUCGAUGUCUUUAUUUGAAAGUGCUUUUAACAAAUUACAAAACACAACGAGAACGAUAAAGUACAAUAGAUGUCCGUUUAACAUAUCCUCGUGUCCCUUUACUGAUUCAUCCAGUUUUCACAUCUUAAUAUACAAUCCGCUCGCUUGGACAGUGUCCGUUCCCGUGAGAAUACCUGUAGUAAGAGAAAAAUACACAGUUCGUGAUAAUACAGGUAAAACAAUGAAGGCAUAUCUCACACGAGUAUCGCAACAUGUACUCAAAAUACCUCUAAGAAACACUACAACAGACCACGAGUUGUUAUUCAUCGCACAAAACAUUCCUCCGCUCGGUUUCAGAUCAUAUUACAUACAAAAGGAAUCAAAUGUACGGAAGAGAUCCAUAAUAAAAAAGCUGAAUAAAAAUCCACAAAAGAAAUAUUACAUCGGUCAAACGGCAGAAGCUUACAAUAAAACAUAUUUUGAAGAUGUUAGUUACGAAGAUACGGAAUCGGAUAAAAUAAGUCAUCCGAAAUUUGUUUUUACGACGAAAAAUGAUAAUUUCUCAAACAGCGGAGGAGGCGUUGAUUUUGCAACAAUUAAAAAUGUAGUUGUUGAUAACAAUGAUGUUGUUACGCCGAGAUUCUCACAAAAAACUAAAUCUACUACCGACACUUCUAUUUUUGAAGAUACAACAACAGAUAAUGAUAUAUCAACUACAGACAUACAAAUGACUGAAGGUGUUAAUGAAGAAAGUUCAACUAUGAGUAUUAAUUUACAAAACCAAGAAGUUUCAACAACAACUACAGCCACUAUAAUGGAUGAUGAUGAUGAUGAUAAUGUAGUAGGAAAACCAUCUGAAGAUUCAUAUUACUAUGUUGAAUCUAAUGAUACAUUUAUAGAAAACAAGUACAUAAAAAUACACCUAGAUAACUUCAAGAAAGUGUCAAACAUAUCACUAUCGAAUGGCAUUAAUACAUCGCUCGACAUACAAUAUUUCUAUUAUGUGUCUGACGACCCAAAGAAACUGCACCAAGAAAAACACCCUCCCGGUGUCUAUAUAUUUAGACCAAUGGACCUAACUCCAGUCCCUGUCAUCGAUGUCAUAGAUACUAGAGUGUUUAAAACGGAUCUGGUACAAGAAAUCCAUUCAAAAUAUUCUGAAUAUGCUUCCUUUGUAUUAAGGUUGUAUCAAGAUAAUCCAGUGGUGGAAGUAGAUUGGACUCUAGGUCCAGUGCCAGAGGAUGACGAAUUGGGUAAAGAGGUAUUUAUUAGGUAUACCACUGAUUUGGGAAACGAUGGUGUUUUCUAUACGGAUGCUAAUGGAAGACAAACUAUAAAACGAAUAAGAAAUAUGAGACCUACGUAUCAACCUUAUCAUCUGAACAAGAUUACAGGUAAUUUCUAUCCAGUAACCUCAAAAAUCUACAUUGAAGAUAAAAAGCAAAACGUACGAUUCUCUAUAUUCAAUGAUCGAUCGCAAGGCGGCGCUUCCCUAAUAGAUGGUGCCUUAGAUAUUAUGGUUCAAAGACGAAUCUUUACAGAUGACGCAGGCGUCCAAACUAUUAUAAACGAUACUGUAAAUGGACAAGGAGUUAUCAUCCGCGGAACGCAUUAUCUAUACCUAUCAAAAGCCGAUUAUAAACCUUAUAGAGUAUUCGAAAAGAAACUAGCGAAGGAAAUUGAAUUACGACCGUUGGUUCUGGUGUCGAAUUCCUAUGUGAAAUAUGAUGACUGGUUCAGUCUUAGGAAUGAGUUUAGAGGACUGAAUAAUAAACUGCCAAUAGGCGUUCACAUUUUGGGCUUGCAGGAAUGGAAUGAUGGUACAAUUUUAAUAAGACUCGAGAACUUUCUAGAGAAAAGCGAUAUAGUCAGGAGUGGCGUGAAAUUUGUCGUUUUAAAAGAUCUGCUUCAUAAUAUUUAUAUAGAUAAAGUUAAGGAGACAACGCUUGCUGGCAACAUGUGGCUUUCUGAUUGGUUGCCAUUGCAAUGGGAGAAAAACGGAAGUUUCGUGAGGAAUUUUAAUGAAUUCUAUGGAAGUGACAAAGAGGAAUUUAGCGAGGAUACUGGUUUGAAAGCGAUGGAUGUGGAUUUGAAUAAUGGUGUCAAGCUGACUCCACAGCAAAUAAGGACAUUUGUUGUGUGGUAUACGAAAGUUAAACCCUGACUGAUGUGAAUAAGGAUGCCAGUUUCCAUUUCCCCACCCUUCCCAGUUCAUUCCUAUCUAUCCAGUCGUCAAUCCUUUCCUUAUCCCAACGCUUUAAAGGUAGCGCAUUCGUAGAGACACUAUAUUUGCGAAUGCCAUGCCGCCCAUGAAGGUGGUGGUGAUCGCUUACCAUCAGACGAACCAUCAG